GUCCGUCCGUGGUGUUACUGCUCUGUUUUUUUGUGCGGCGAAAAAUCAUUAGAAUUUUAGUAAUUUUACUGAUUUAUUAUUAAAAUAGGUUAACGUAACGUGAUUUCUACGACGCGAAAACAAACAAAAAACCACGAUGCUGCUUACAAUACAUAAUUUACCGCUUAACAUGCGGUAUGGUGACAUCAAGGAUCUGCUGAAGGACAAAUGCGGCCUCACCGACCUCAUUCUCGACAAGUUAACAAAAGAUGGCGACUCAAAGAAAGUCACAGUUGGAGUGGCCGAUGAUGGUGAUGCGGCUAUUCUAGUGAGGAAAAUUAACGGCCUGUAUUUGGGCAACUUGCAGCUGUAUGUGGAAGACGCUAGGAAGAAACCGGACUCCGAACAACCUUUCCGCACUAGUUCAAUGAUGAACACGGGAAAUUUCCUGCAACCGCCCCAAGUACGAAUGCCGGCUAACAACAUACAACAACAACAACAACAGACACCGUACGCCGAAGACAUCCAGACGAGAUUCUCCAGCGAAAGCCAACAGAGAUAUCCUAACAACAAUCAAAGCAAUCAAAAGAGAUUCCCCAAUGAUAAUAACUAUAAUCAAACGCAUUAUAACAGUGAUCAGAAAUCGGGAGGCUCAAAUUUUCAGAACAACUAUGCUGCCACGUCUGCCACUAAUAUGCCAAUGGCUGCGGCAGCAAUGUAUCCAGCGGCUGAUCAAAUGAGCCAGCUUCAAGGCACGGCGGCCAUGUACGCUAUGCAACAACAGCAGAUGAUGGCCAACUAUCAGAUGAUGGGGUAUUACAUGCCGCAGGUUCCGGUUUGUUCACAGGACCAAAACUAUAGCGCUUAUGCUGCGGGUAACCAGGCUGUGGCUACGAAUAUGCCUCAAGACAUUCCUCAGAACACUGACUGGCCAGUCCAACCUUCCGGAAACGACUGGGAAGAACCGCCAAUGGAAACGGAACCGGAAUACCGGGGAAGAAACCAGUCCGACCGCCGGCCGCGCCCACGUCGGUCUCGCUCGCCUCUACAGCCGCAAAACGAUCGAUUCGAUUUCGGCAAUCGAUACGAGCCGGCGAACGACAGGGGACGGGACGACAGACCAGUCGAGUCUGGACGCCCAUCUCGAUUCCACGAUAAGGACGCUGACUUUGGCAACGCUGGAGGUUUCGAUAGAAACGGCCGUCGUGAUAGGUCACCGCCCCGGAAAAUGAGUCGCUUUGACCGCGACAAUAAGACCGACUUCCUUCUGCCUCCCGGUCACAAUUCCGGGCCAAGACCUGCCUUUGGUGGGAGGAAUCAUCGUGAUGAGCCUCCCGCGCAGAGAGGUCUAGGUCAAGAGGAGUCUUUUGGACCUAGAGGGUCUAGACCUUCUAGGUUCGAGCGAUCGGACGACAGGGCUCCAAAGCGUAGAUACGAUGAGACCCGUUCUGGGCCUAGAUUCGACGAGACCCGUUCUGGACCUAGAUUCGACGAAACCAGAUCUGGACCUAGAUUUGACGAAUCCCGCUCUGGACCUAGAUUUGACGAGACCAGAUCAGGACCUAGAUUUGACGAGGCCCGCUCUGGACCUAGAUUCGACGAGACCAGAUCUGGACCUAGAUUCGACGAGGCCCGUUCUGGACCUAGAUUUGACGCUCCGACCCGCGAACCGUACCCUAAAGCGUUCCCGGAAGGGCGCGCUGACCGACCGGACAGAAACUUCACGCAAAAAGAACGAGGAUUCAAGCAAACCAUGCCGGACAGGUUCGAAGAUUCGAGGGGUCCCAGAGACCCAAUGUCGAAUCCGAGACCGACUGUCCAAUUAACCCCGGAACAGUUGGCAAUAAAGCAACAGAAUCGAUUGAACACCUACCGUGGAAUGGCGACUGCGACCAUUUUGAAGGAGGUCCUGCAAGGCAGACGCCCGUUAGAAGUGCCAGAGCAGAGGGCUUUGAAACAAGCGAUUAGAGCUAAAGUGGACGGCAUAAAUGUGCCCAGAAAAACUCCUGUGCCGAUCCUAAAGGAAGAGAUAAUACGUUUGUACCGUCAAAGGUACUCGACCGCUGGUGAUACUAAGUUCUUCCAUGCGGUCAUGCGUGAUUUCAAGAAAGACUUGGAGAGUUCUCUAGCAGAGGGGGAGCCAGUACAUGACAAGAGUAUAGAAAAACCCACUGGAAACGGUACAAGGCCUCCUAGACAAGAGUCGCGUCCCGAACCGAACUCCAUCAUAAAACAGAAGCCAGUGAAAGGUGGAAAAGCAAAACCGAGUAAAAGUAUGAAAAGCGUCUUCAAAAGUAGCCCGGACCAAGACGCAAAAGCUAUGGCGGUCGACCAACCAGCUUUAGAAGAAACUUCUAGAAUGACAUCGAAGAAAACCGAAAACGAAAUUCCGAUACUAAAUGUCGAAUGCUCGUGGCAAUAUUUUGACAGCAAAGUGAAACGCAGCGAAAAUGAUCGCGCGAAACCCAUUCUUUGCAGCAAUAUUCCAUCUGAUUCAAAGAUGGCGAAUUCUUUGGCCGGUUUAAGCGAUGAUGCAGCGAAAACGCGCAUUGAAAACUCUACUGACAAAGCUGAAACGACCAUUUUAAAACCCGAUUCUAAAGAGGCUACUGACGCUGCGAUCCCGCGCGAUUGUAGUUGGGGUUUAGAGACAACACAUAAACGCUUAACGCCCAGAGGUUGUAGGGGUAAAAGGAAAAAGAAGAAUCCUGCAUCAAAAUCUGGGCUUACAGUUGAGCAGACGACUCUAGAAUCUGACCUUGAAGCUAUUUUAGCCGGAGGAUAUACGUUUUCAUACGAUGAUGUUAAAGACGUUCCUUACCAAUUAAGUAUAGCUGUAAUCGUGGCUCCUAGGAGAGAAAUGACAGAGACACAAGCGAAUGACAUAAAACUGGCAUUGCAAAGGAAGGUUUUUGAGCAAGUAGAUACGGAAGAUGAAGGAUUUGUGCCACUGUUUCGUGGUAUACCCCAAUACAGCGAAGGAGCCUUAAAAUUGUGGUGUGUAGACUACGAAACGUUAUCCUGGAUUACGGAAAUAAUUGAAACUGUACCCUCUCCUAUACAAGGGACAAGAUUAAAUAUAGUUCAACAGAAAGAUUUGCUGGUAAAAGUGGGUAUUUUAGUCCCUGACUUUAGUGAGAGCAAUCGGUUAAUACUUCAAUAUUUUACUCGUCAAAAUGCGUGCUACGAUAUAGGGUCAUGGAAGAUUUGGUCCAGAGAAAAGCAUGGCAAUAAUACGUUUCUUACUCUAGGAAUACCGAAAUCAGAAUUGCCAAAGAUUAUGGAGCGAGAGCGUAGAAUAGACUUUCUGCUUGGGAGUAUUUAUGUUAGAUUCUUUGAUAAAAAUGGCGUGUUGAGCAGAAAUAUACCUGAAGACGUAUGUUGGGAGACAACCGAAGCUGAGAAAUCAGUUUCUAUAGAGGAAUGCGGUUCUAGCGAAGAGACUGAUGAAAGAACUGUUGCUCAAAAACAGCUUCAGAAGUUGGAAUACAGCGGGCAGACUGUGUACACUCUAGAGCCACAUUUGGAGAAAGCACUAGAAGAAGAAAUAGAUAUUUUGGGUGAAGUGGUGAAAGAGAACUGCGAGGCUCCUCAAGACGAGGCCGACACCGUCGUCUACAACCACAUCAAUGAUGUGGCCCUUGACGACUUUAAACAGACGCUAUCCAUAGACGUAAAGAAGCGCAUCCUCAACAUCAAAUCGGGUCUAACAUUGCGAGUGUUCUUCAACCCGCGUCCGCCGAAACGACCCGUUUUCGACGAACACAUGAAGAAAUAUGGCGUCGUUUCGGUGAAGAAGUCCGAAAGAGGGAAGUUCUGGCUGAUCGCCCUCAAUUCGUAUGCGAAUUAUGACAAGUUGUUCGCUCUGCAGACCACUACUAUAGAGGGCAGCACAGUGAACUUCAAGCCGCUGCACGUGGGAGGCCCUCCGCCGAAGCUCACUCGAGACCAGUUCAAGCAGAUCAAGAAGGCCCGGGUCGCCAGCAAGAUACACGACUAUGAUGAGGAGAAGUUUGUUGUGCUUGAUCAAGAUUUCAGCACUGAUGUUAUAGAAUCCGAAGAGCCUGUUAAAACACCGACUCGAGCCAAGGAAAUAACUCAAAAGAGCGGCGUGUUGAAUGAAAACGAUCUGAACGACUUAUUGAAUGUAAACGAAGAGGAUUUAGUGGAUUACUGACGACAGUGAGAGGUC